AUGUCUGACAUUGCCCACCCAGCAGGCGCGGGCCUGCCCGAUGAGAAUCAAGGGCCGCGAAUUCUCGCCGCGACCACCAUAGCCACCGGAUGUGCCUUCAUCACGGUCCUGGCUCGUGUCUACGUUCGUCUGUUCAUCAUUCGUAAUGUUGGACUUGACGAUUACACAAUGAUCAUAACUAUGGCACUGUCUCUCGCCGGAUGGGCCAUCAUAAUCCCCGAAGUCCAGUACGGCGCCGGCCGGCAUACGGCCUACGUCUUGGACACGGCCACCACGGCCACGCAUUUGAAUUUCGCCACGCAGGCCAUCUACAUGUGGGCUAUCGGUCUGGUUAAGAUCUCCAUCGGGCUUUUCCUCCUGCGUUUUGCGCCGCGCAAAGGAUACAAAAUCUUCAUAUGGGUAGUGAUCGUCCUGAUGUUCCUAUACACGGCCAUCUGCUUUUUUACUCUUAUCUUUCAGUGCAAAGACAUUCGGACGAUUUGGGACCAGUCAGUCAAAUCCGAAUGUCUCCAGCCUCCUCAACUGCUGGCAUUGAGCUACACCAACACCGCACUCAACAUCCUUACCGAUCUUAUCUUUGCUAUCCUGCCGGUCUUUAUGCUUAGGCACUUGCAAGUGAAUCGCAGAGUUAAAGCGUCCUUGAUGUGUAUUCUGGGGCUUGGAAUCUUCGCCUGCGCCGCCGCCUGCGUCAAAGUCUCCGUUCUCCCGAACUACGGCCGCACUGGAGAUUUCCUGUGGGACUAUUCAGAUCUCACGAUAUGGGUUGUCGUGGAGUCCAACAUGGGCAUCAUGGCCGGUAGCCUGCCGACACUCAAGCCGCUCUUCAAACAGGCCUUGGGCAGCUACGGCUCGCGAUCCAAGUCUCGACCGUACACCUACGGAAGCAAGCCUUAUCGGCUGCAUUCGCUGUCCCAGUCCGCUCACCAGCCCUCCCAGACUUUGCGCAGCGGUAACCAGAGUGGCUGGGAAGCCGAUGCGGGUCAGAAACGACCGCACCAGGCCUCUCAAGAAAUCGUGCCGACGGUGACGACGAUGACGGCAUAUCCUCAUGGGGACAAUCGCAACCUCAGUGAGGAAUAUAUAUUGUCAUCUCGCGACCCGGACAGCAUCACGCUCACGACAGAGAUCAUGGUGUCACGCACGCCGGAUGCUUGGCCGGCCGGCAAACAGUCCGGGGCUCCUUCAUCAGGCGGCGGCUUUGGGCACGAUGGUAUGGUUUAG